AGUUCAAAGCGAGCGACCUUCUCGCAAACCCAAACGCCAAUCAGUUUCUCGGCGAGGUAGCGAGAGCGAUGACUAUGACGAUGCUAGACAGCAUUGUCGGUUUUCUUCUCCUUAUGCUGCUUUUGAUCCUUCUCAUUAUCUUAAUUGCCUGUAAACCAUGGCGCUUCUUUUCCUCCUCAUCUCGUUCCCGCACCAUCAAGGCUGGUGAGCUAGAAAGGCCCCUUGUUGCAGAUGAUGUGGGAAUUUCCCGAAACCAAAGUAAUGAAUUGCCAAGGGAUUAUGAUCUAGAGGGAGCACGUGUUCAAAAUGAAGGGCAUUUCCGCUCACCCCGGACUCAUGGACUUGUUCAUAAACAAAGGCUCCCCAAUGUAUCUUCCCAUAUAACUCAGGGUGAUAGCUUGGUUUUAGACCUGACAUCUGAUCCUCCGGAAGAUGUUUUGGUUGGUCAGACGCUUAAGAAUCCUUUUUCACCAGAACAAUUAGCUGAAUUUUUAAAACAUGGUAGACAGAGAUUAGUAGGAGAUAAGUUGCAGGAGCCCGUGCACAAGGACAUUCUAGAUCAAAGAAGCUGCCUCACCCUGGAGGUUACCUCUGGUCCAUCUCUUGGGGUCCGUUGUUCUGCACAGUCAACAAAUACUUCUAGGCUUCCACUGACCCUUGGAAGGGUUUCUCCAAGUGAUUUAGUAUUGAAAGAUUCAGAGGUGUCGGGGAAGCAUGCGAUGAUAAACUGGAAUUUGAAUAAAUUGAAGUGGGAGCUUGCAGACAUGGGUAGUCUAAAUGGGACACUUCUUAAUUCACAGCCGAUCAACCAUCCUGAUUCUGGAAGUAGACAUUGGGGUGACCCAAUUGAGCUUGCGAGUGGAGAUAUAAUAACUCUUGGCACAACUUCAACAGUAUCUGUUCACAUUACAUCUCAAACUGAGCAACAGAUUCCCUUUGGAGUUGGUGUGGCAUCAGAUCCGAUGGCUUUGCGUAGAGGAGGAAAGAAGCUUGCUAUGGAAGAUGUGUACUAUUACCACUGGCCUCUCCCUGGUGCUGACCAGUUUGGUUUGUUUGGCAUCUGCGACGGCCAUGGAGGAGCUGAGGCCGCAAAAUCUGCUAGCAAAAUUCUACCGGAGAUGGUUGCUGCAAUUCUUUUGGAUUCACUGACAAGGGAAAGGGUCUUUUCACAUUGCGAUGCUUCAGAUGUUCUGAGGGAUGCAUUUUCUCAGACAGAAGCACGCAUGGAUCAUUAUUAUGAGGGUUGUACUGCAACAGUGCUUCUGGUAUGGGCUGAUGGUGAAGAAAAUUUCUUUGCGCAAUGUGCAAAUGUUGGAGAUUCAGAUUGUGUUAUGAACAGUGUUGAUGGGAAACAAAUUAAGAUGACAGAAGACCAUAAAGUAAUUAGUUAUUCUGAAAAACUCCGUUUCAAAGAAACAGGAAAACCACUGAAAGAAGGGGAAACUCGUCUCUGUGGUUUGAACCUUGCUCGGAUGCUUGGAGAUAAAUUCCUUAAACAGCAGGAUUCCCGCUUCAGUUCAGAGCCUUACAUAAGUCAAGCUGUUCGUAUCAAUCAAUCAAGUGGAGCAUUUGCACUAUUGGCAAGUGAUGGGUUAUGGGAUGUCAUUAGUAUGAAGAAGGCAACACAGCUAGUCCUUCAGGCAAGGGAGAGACACUCGAGAGAAGAGAAUUCUGCAGAGAAGAUUGCUAAUUUCUUGUUGAGUGAGGCUAGAACGCUGCGAACAAAGGAUAACACAUCUAUAAUUUUCUUAGAUUUUGACUUUUCUGGAGUCUCAUGUAAAGUUGAAUCAUGAUCGGGUCAAAAAAAGGUUUGAGGACUUCACAUA